GGGAAAAGUGCUUUGCCAGCCCUUGCAAAAAAAACAUAGUAUUACUUAGUUAAAACAAUCAAGUCAAACGCGAAACGUUUUUUCGGCAAUUUCAAUUGAACAGAAAACAAUUAAAACUGAAUCAAUUGAAGCAAAAUUCGUGUUGCUCGCAGCAAAAAACAUUAUCAAAUAAUAUUGAAAAGUGUUAAUAAUUUUGGCAAAAUGCAGAUUAAAGAAUUUCGCGUCACUUUGCCAUUAACUGUGGAAGAGUACCAAGUUGCACAAUUGUUCUCGGUGGCAGAGGCAUCAAAGGAAAACACAGGUGGCGGCGAGGGCAUUGAGGUGUUAAAGAAUGAACCCUUCGAAAACUUUCCUUUGCUAGGUGGCAAAUAUAAUUCCGGUCAAUAUACAUAUAAGAUUUAUCAUCUGCAAUCAAAAGUUCCAUCGUACAUAAGACUAUUGGCGCCCAAGGGGUCAUUGGAAAUACAUGAGGAGGCAUGGAAUGCCUAUCCUUAUUGUCGAACGAUUAUAACGAAUCCUGGUUAUAUGAAUGAGAAUUUUCGACUUCAUAUUGAUUCAACACAUUAUGAGAAUGAUAUUGGAGAAUUACCGAAUGUUCACGAAUUGACGCCCGAUAAGCUGAAAAUCCGUGAAGUGGUGCACAUUGACAUUGCCAAUGAUCCAAUUUUGUCUGCUGACUACAAGCCCGAAGAGGAUCCAACUACCUACCAGUCAAAGAAGACAGGACGCGGUCCACUUGUGGGUCCCGACUGGAAAAAACAUGUGGAUCCUGUAAUGACCUGCUACAAGUUGGUCACCUGUGAGUUCAAAUGGUUUGGCCUGCAGACUAGAGUAGAGAAUUUUAUACAAAAAUCUGAGCGACGACUUUUCACAAACUUCCAUCGCCAAGUUUUCUGUUCGACUGAUCGCUGGUACGGUCUAACAAUGGAGGACAUUCGCGCCAUUGAGGACAAGGUGAAGGAUGAGCUGGACAAAGCGCGACAAGUGGGACAAGUGCGCGGUAUGCGUGCGGAUGGCGAUUAAAUCUAGUAGCAACAAUUUACACCACAAAACAAAAGAGAACUUUAAAUGCAAAUGAUCUAUAAAUAAAAUAAAAAUGUAUGUAAAAUGAAAGAAAAAUGCAUAAAUACCGCGUUAACACCAAAAUAAAAUGGAACAAAACAACAAAUAAUAUAAAAAAAAAAAAAAAUUUAAAAGCAACAAAUAAAAUGAAAUUGAAGCAAUUUGCCGACAAAAACAACAAAAUUAAACACCAAGUGUAUAACAAACAGAAGAAAAACAACAACAACAACAAAGCUUAGCUCUAGUUUAGCACCUCACAUAGAAGAGAUCCCAAAAACCAAGAACCAGCAACCAAUCCAACCACAAAACCUAUAACAAUAACACGCAAGUUAGUUAAGUUUUAAUUGUAUGUAUAGAAAAUGUAAUCAGGACACACAAAAACACAAUUCACACACACACAUAUACACCGAGUUGAAAAGGACUAAGUAAUUAAGUCCAGACAUUUAUGAUUUCUGUUGUCAGCACUACCUCCAAUCCAUGUCCGGCCCCGUCUGGGACCUCGUGCAUCAACAUUCAGGAAUUCAGUUUGUACUUUUAUUAUGAAAAAUUUAAUUCGUUUUUAAGUUUGCCUCAACUUGUAAAUUUUGUCGUCUGAAUGAAUUACUAUUAUAUAUAUAU